AUGACUUCGGAGCACAGGGGAUCCGUAGCGUCUGUCGGCAGCACUUCUGCCGGCACCACGACUCCGCCAGCGACACAGGCCCCCGCACACAGAGCGCAUCAUCUCAAGUACGGCGAUGUGAUUGCCAGUGGCUUUGUCCCCGAGGACUCUGACGACGAGCUCGAAAACAACGACACCAACGACGACAAUGACGAUGAUCACCACAGCACUGGCGUGGGGGGAGAUGCGUCGAGUCUCUCGCCCUCGACUGUCUCGUCUACGUCCACCAGGAGCGGUGCACUGCCGCGGGAUGCAAAGGCGCGCCAUUGGCGGUCGAUGGAGCGGCAGGAUGCGCUGAACCGGCAGCUGCACGAGUCGCGGCGGUACCUCUUCCGACGCCCGCGAGCGCUGCAGUACUUCCGCGGCAACGUGCUGGUGCGCUCCGAGGAAGAGCGCUCGUCGCACCGGCUCGAGCUGUUCUUCGACCUGGUCUUUGUCGGCCUCAUCGCGACACUGGCUGAGGAGGCAAUCCACGAGCACAACGGCGAUGCGAUCGUGCGCUACAUCUUGACGUAUACGGCAGCAUGGAUGGUGUGGAACUACAUGCGCGAGAUCUUCAAUGCGUUUUUCACCGACGAUCUGCCGCAGCGCGUGCUGGUGCUGGGCGUGAUGGCGUGUCUGGUGGUGUACGGGAACAAUGCGCCCAAGGCCGAGGAGCCGAGGGAGGAGAGCGGUGCGCGCGCAACGGCGAUCGGUGCGUACCUGGUGGCAGGCGGCAUGGUGUUUGGAAUCUUGACGUUCUACUCGUUCUACAUCUGUCAGUACCGCAUCCAGAUCCGCAGCCAGGCCGCCGUCUGGCUGUUUGUGCUCGCCCUGUGGAUCGGGAGCAUCUUCGUCUCGGUGCGCGCCUGCAUCGCCAUGGUCACCGUGGCGCUCGUGCUCGAGUACUCGUCCUGGAUGUUUUUCUACAGCCCGGUGUUCAAGCGUCUCGCCAAGCUGCGCUACUCGUCCGCCGUGGCGAUCGAGCACGAGAUCGACCGGUUCACCGACUUUGUCACGCUCGUGCACGGCGAGUUUCUGUACAGCGUCCUGUCCGGUCAGCCGGCGGGUGAGGGGAUGCAUGCGGGCGUCGCGAGGAUCAUCUUGACCGUCGUGGUCGCCUUCGUGCUGCACGGCAUCUACUGCACGGGCGCAGGCAGCAGGAGGAUCACCCAUCCCAUCCGGAGGAGCGUGCUGCAUGCCGUGCCGUACUUUGCCUUGCACCUGCCGUUGGUCUCGGCGAUCACGCUGUGCGGUGAUGCGACGGCCGAGUUGGUCAAGGAGAACGAGGUGGCGCAGGGGAUCCGAUGGAUCUUUGCUGCUACGUAUGCGAUCGGCAUGGUGUCAACCGCUCUGCUCGUCAUGUUGGAGAAGGAGCACGACGAGCCCGGUGAACUCUUCUUCUCCAAGCCUAUCAGGAUCGCGCCUCGAUUCGUCGCGGCGAUCGUCGUCCUCCUCCUGCCACUCGCCGAGCAGCACCACAUCAAUUCCACGGCGCUUCUGGGCAUUGCGGCUGCCUUGGGUGGAGCCGCUUGGUUGUGGCAAGAAUUCGGCGCUCUCGACGGCCCCCACGCGCCGUGGUACAAACAAGACUCGCAAGCACAGACGGAUGCCGGUCAGCAAGCGGCACUCCCAGCCGGGACACGAAGGUGGAAGGGCUUCCCUACACUCGUCGAGCCAGGUGCAUGGAUGCUGGACUCGACCAAACAGCGUGGACGCACCACCACGUUUGUUCAUCACGAGUCCGGCGCUACAGCUACAGCCGGCAACGCUGCCGUCACGGCCCAUCCGCAGGAGUCGCCGUCGAAGCUCUCCGAUCUCUGA